GCAAUUCACAUUGUUUAUAAAUGAAUCUUAAGUCAAUUGUCGUUUUCUUAUCAACAUCAUCAGCUAAUGAAGUGAAUAAUAUUUGUUUUAAAACAUUUUCAUUGAUUUGGGUGAGGCAGAAAUAGUCUGAGACGGCAGUUCUUGUUAAAAUUCAAUCAACAGUUUUUGAAGAAAUCGCCAACUAAGUGGAGCUCUGGAAAUAAUAGCUCUGAUUUGUUAUGCUUAUUUCAAGCGAUUAAGUUACGGGAAAAGAGUUAUAAAAUAUAAUUUUAUAAUAAUUUUACAUUAAAUAUUCAAAAUGUCCAAAUCAUUUAUAAAUAAUUUUAUUUGUUUAUUUUAUUUGUUUAUCUACGCUCAAUACAAAAUAGUUUCGGGUGUUGUAGUUUUUGACUUUCCACAGAAUCAAAUUUCCCUAAAUGCAGCCGAACAAAAUUUUUUGAGCGCUAUAUCAACAAAUGAUUGGCUACAAUUUGUCGAGUUUGGCGUUGAUUCCAUAAAUAAACAAAAGAGGUUAGAAGAAAAUCUAUUAAAUGCACAGGUAACUGUACAAAAUGGUAGCAUAUCUCAUGUGCAACUUUUGGAUUGCUUACCAAAUUCAAAGGCCCAAACUGAAAGUGAUAUUGCGGGAAAAAUACUUAAAUCCAGUUUAUAUGCUUAUAAUGCAAAAUGUGCUGUGCGCGGAAUUAGCGGUGAAAAGUGUGAGGCUUACUUAUCUACUAAAGAGUUGCCGAAAGGAAGCUAUGUAUAUGAGAAAUGCUUACAAAUUUCUAAAGAUCCACGAGAUGGACACCAUCCUUUCAGACGACUAUUACCAGCCAACUAUAAAGAUGGUUUUUAUAAGAUGUAUUCAGAAGAUAAAUUACCAGCUCCACGUGAUAUUAGUACUAAAGCAUUACAUAGCUCCAAUACAGGUUUUAAAAAUGAUGUGCUCGAUGACAAGCAAAAUACUUUAGCUUUAGUGCAGUGGAGUCAGUUUAUAGAACAUGAUCUGAGCAAGCCCGUUGUGACAUCUAUGAGUAAUGGUUAUGCAAUUGAGUGUUGUGACACGGACAAUUCUGAAUUACUGCCACGUUAUUAUCAUCCAGCUUGUGCUCCAUUACUAGCAAAGAGUGAUGCUAGUGUAUAUAGUAGAGGAACAUGCCUUAACUACGUGCGUAGUGCUUUAGCUAUUGAUGAUAAAUGUACUUUUGGAGCAGCAAAACAACUUAAUCAAGCCACAAGCACUCUUGAUCUUUCACAACUCUAUGGUUUUACUGAGGACGCACAAAAUCAAAUGCGCACCUUCACAGAUGGUAAAAUCAAAUCUACCCGGGGAUCAAAUGACAAAGAAGAUUUAUUGCCAAUGGCUUUGGAUGAAACGCAUACUUUUUGUGCUCUUAAGAAGCAAUUUCAAAAUUCUACUUGUUUCAUGGCUGGUGAUUCUCGUGUGAAUAAUAAUCCAUUUGCUAUUAUUAUAUAUACGCUCUUCAUGAGAAAUCAUAAUCAAAUCACAAAGCAGUUAAAGUUGGAACAUCAUAACUGGGAUGACGAACGUUUAUUCCAAACUGCAAAGUCAAUCAAUAUUGGGAUUUAUCGUCGUAUAGUUAUGAAUGAAUGGCUGCCAGCUUUAUUAGGUAGAAGCGUUGCUCUGGACAUUAUGGGACAGCCUUUAAGCUCUAAACUCACUAGCUCUGAACUUGAUAUUUCUAAUGAAUUUGCAGUAGCUGCCAUACGUUUUUAUUAUUCGAUGAUGCCUAAUGAACUACAUAACUAUUCAAUUCUAAAUAGAAGAAGGUCUGGAGACUUAAACAAUUUGAAAAAUGUGAUUAACGUUUUAUCCGAACCAAAUUUGUUUACACUCAAGGAUCAUAUUUAUAAGUCUAUGCUUACUUUUACAGCAACAUUCAUUAAUAAUAUGUUAGAGUCAUUGCUGCAACAACGUGCUAUGAAAAUGGAUGCAACGUAUGUGGAUAGUUUAAUAUUAUUAAAUAAUUUGAGACCAUCGCAUGCUGAUAUAUUGGCUUUCGACAUACAAAGAGGACGAGAUCAUGGUCUUCAGGGAUAUGUUAAAUAUUUAGAAAUUUGUGAAAAUACCAAGAUCACAAGUUGGAAGGACUUGGAGAAAUACAUUAACAAAGAGGAAAUAGAAAAAUUAAAAAGCGUAUAUAGUGAUUGGGCAGAUAUUGAUUUAAUUGUUGGUGGCAUAUCGGAAAUACCAAAAACUGGCUCUACUGUUGGAACAACAUUUACGUGCAUUCUAGCUGAACAACUUUCGAAAAUUCGUCAAUCACAAAAAGAUUUCGAAAUCAAUAAAUCCCCAGAUUUCAAGAAAUACGAGACGAUGAACGCAGCCGAACUAUUGUGUGCCAAUUCAGAUUUAGAAGUGGUGCAAGAAAAUAUAUUUCAAUUAAAGUCAGAAAAAAAUGUGGUAAUAUCAUGCGAUCGACGAUUCCAUGCUUUAUAAAUGUAGUAGAAGGGGACUUCAGAUUGGAAAAAACAUUUUAAACAAUUUAAAUUGAUUUAUUUUAAAAGAUUUUUAUGUAAAUUAUUUUGUAAUUAAUA